AUGUUCGCAAGCAAGCGACUGAGCAAAGAGCUCAUUAAGAUGCAAGAACACCUCCCACCCGGAAUCUCAAUCUUCAAGGCCGAGAACCUCGAAGAAUGGCAAAUGGAUAUUGAAGUCCUAGACGACAACCCACUCUACCGGGGCGAGACAUACAGACUGAAGUUCACAUUCGGGUCAAGAUAUCCAAUCGAACCUCCCGAAGUCCAAUUUAUUGAAGUCCAAGCCACAGAGUCCGCUCCGAAUUCCAAACGCCCCAUCCCCAUCCACCCGCACAUCUACAGCAACGGAAUCAUCUGCCUCGACCUCCUCGGCUCCGCCGGCUGGUCGCCCGUGCAAAAAGUCGAGAGCAUCUGCAUGAGCAUCCAGAGCAUGCUGACGGCAAAUCACAAGAACGAGCGGCCGCCGGGAGAUAGCGACUUUGUCACAUACAACCGGCGGAGACCGCGGGAUAUAAAUUUCCUCUACGAUGAUGAUAAUGUGUAG